UAUAUUUAAGACCUUGCGGGCGGCAAGCCCACGUUCUCCUCCCAGUCCCCACUGAACUGAGGACACGAAGAGGCCGGAGAGGCUGUCACCUUCUGCGCGCGUCUCCCCGGACACUCCCCAGUGGGCACAGCCGUUUCUGUUGUCUCAGUCAUGACCCUGCCGCACAACCCCGCCAGUGGUGGGGAGCCCCGGCCCCCCCAGGUCGUGGAGGUGCACAGGCGGGAACACCGGCAGGAGGAGGAGCAGAAGGAGGAGCGGCAGCACAGCUUGCACAUGGGCUCCUCCGUGCGAAGACACACCUUCCGCAGCAGGGAGGAAGAGCCCGAGUUCAGCCCUGCUGACUAUGCCCUGGCAGCAGCCCUGGCCCUGACAGCAACCAAGGAGGUGUCUUGGGAAGCCCAGCUGCGGCACCAGACCUCAACUGUAGAGCUGGAGGAGCGCGGGCAGAAGCGCGUGGGCUUCGGCAAUGACUGGGAGAAGACGGACAUCGCUGUCCUGAACACACACCAGCUGCUGCGCCAGAGGCAGGACCGCCAUGCCCUGUGGCGACGGACAGAGCAGAAGAUCCGCGAGGCCCGGGAGCUGCGGGAGUUGUGUGCCGGCCGCGGGCCCUGGUUCUGGAUCCCGUUGCGCUCGCACGCCGUCUGGGAACAUGCCAAUGUCCUGCUCACCUGCACCAUACAGGGCUCACCUCCGCCGCAGGUCACCUGGUACAAAAACAAUGUGCAGCUUGACCCCCGCCUCUUCCCCGCUGGGAAGUACCGAAUCACCAACAACUAUGGACUCCUGACCCUGGAAAUUAGGAGAUGUACCACCGAGGACUCGGGCACUUACACAGUGAAGGUAAAGAAUGCCCAUGGCCAGGCCUCCUCCUUCGCCAAAGUCCUGGUUCGCACUUACCUGGGGAAGGAGGCCGGCUUUGACUCGGAGCUCUUUGGACGGUCCAUGUUUGGCCGCGAUGUGGAGUUCACAUCAGAGCUGAAACCGGUGUUUGCCCGCGAGAAGGAGCCCUUCUCCCUGGUCUGCACGCUCUCCGAGGACCUGCUGGGUGCUGAGCACAACAUCCUAUGGCUCCAAGAUGGGAGGCUGUUGAGGUCUCUGGGACGCCGGCAGACCCUCUACGCAGACUGCCAGGCAUCACUGAAGGUGUCCUGUGCCUACAAGGAGGACGAGGGGCUGUACACGGUGCAGGUACCCUCGCCCUCCGGGCCCCGGCAACAGAGCACCUACGUGCUGGUGCGAGAUGCUGCAGCUGAGAAGCCGGGAGCCCCAGGCUCACCACUGAAUGUCCAGUGCCUGUGCGUAAACAGAGACUGCCUGAUCCUGACCUGGGCCCCGCCCAGUGACACCCGCAGCAGCCCCAUCACUGGCUACUCCGUGGAGCGGUGCCAGGGUGACUCCGGGGAAUGGGUACCCUGCCACGAGACCCCUGGGGCGACCUGUAGGUGCCCAAUCCAAGGCCUCAUUGAAGGCCAGAGCUACAGGUUUCGGGUGAGAGCCAUCAACAAGGCAGGCAGCAGUGUGCCCUCCAAGGCCUCAGCGGCGGUUGUCAUGGGAGACCACGAUGCCGCCCGGAGGAAGAAAGAGAUCCCCUUCGACCUGGCAAAGAAGAUCACAAUCAGCACAGACGAGUUUGAAGAUGCUGUGACCAUCCCUGGACCCCCCACCAAUGUCCACGCCAGUGAGAUCCGGGAAGCCUAUGCGGUCCUGGCCUGGGAGGAGCCAAAGCCCCGAGGCAAAGCCCCACUCACAUACUUCCUGGAGAAGUCGGUCCUAGGCAGUGGCACCUGGGAGGCCAUCAGCCCGGAAACGCCUGUGAGGUCUCCGAGGUUUGCCCUCCUGGACCUGGAAAAGGGGAAGGCCUACGUCUUCCGGGUGCGUGCGGUGAACCAGCAUGGUGUGAGCGAGCCCUCGGAGCCCAGUGAACCCAUCACCUUGAGGGGCAAGCCAGCUACGCUCCCUCCCCCAGCUCAAGUUCAAGCUCUCCGAGACACGCAGACAUCUGUCUCCCUGGUCUGGGAGCCCGUGGAUGCAGGCCCCGAGCUGCUGGGCUACUACAUUUAUGCCCGGGAGGUGGGGUCAGCGGAGUGGCAGACUGUCAACAACAAGCCCAUCCAGGACAACAGGUUCACGGUACCCGGGCUGAGGACGGGCAGGGAGUACGAGUUCUGUGUCAGGUCCGUCAGCGAGGCUGGGGUGGGUGAGAGCUCAGCCCCCACCGAGCCCAUCAGGGUCAAGCAGGCUCUGGCUACCCCAUCCGCCCCAUACGACUUUGCCCUCCUGAGCUGUGGGAAGAAUGAAAUGGUCAUCGGGUGGAAACCCCCAAAGCGUCGUGGAGGGGGCAAAAUCCUGGGCUACUUUCUGGACCAGCAUGACUCCGAGGAGCCAGACUGGCACCCGGUCAACCAGCAGCCCAUCCCCAGCCGGGUGUGCAAGGUCAGUAACCUCUGUGAAGGCCACUUUUAUGAGUUCCGGGCCCGGGCGGUAAAUUGGGCCGGUGUUGGUGACCUGUCGGCGCCCAGCAGCCUGUUUGAGUGCAAAGAGUGGACGAUGCCACAGCCAGGGCCCCCCUAUGACCUACGGGUGUCCGAGGUGCGGGCUACCUCCCUGAUGCUGCAGUGGGAGCCCCCGCUGUACACAGGUGCUGGGCCAGUCACAGGCUACCAAGUCAGCUUCCAGGAAGAAGGCUCUGAGCAGUGGAAAGUGAUCACCCCAGGUCCCGUCAUCGGUACCCACCUGAGGGUGUCUGACCUGCAGCAAGGAAAGAGUUACUUGUUCCGGGUCCAGGCUCUCAACUCAGCUGGCCUGGGGCAGCCGUCGAUGCCCACUGAUCCCGUCCUCCUAGAAGACAAGCCAGACGCCCACGAGAUAGAGGUCGGCGUGGAUGAAGAAGGCUUCAUCUACUUGGCUUUCGAAGCUCCCGAGGCCCCUGACUCCUCUGAGUUCCAGUGGUCCAAAGACUACAAGGGCCCACCAGACCCCCAGAGGGUCAAGAUCGAGGAUGGAGUUAAUAAGUCCAAGAUCAUCUUGAGGGACCCGGGUCUCGAGGACGUGGGCACUUACUCAGUGGUAGUGACUGAUGCUGAUGGAGACAUCUCCGCAAGCCACAUGCUAACCGAGGAAGAGCUGGAGAAGCUGAAGAAGCUGAGCCAUGAGAUCAGAAACCCAGUGAUCAAACUGAUCUCCGGUUGGAACGUGGAGGUCCUGGAGCAGGGACAGGUGCGGCUCUGGUUGGAAGUGGAGAAGUUGUCUCCGGCUGCAGAGCUGCACCUCAUCUUCAAUGAGAAGGAGAUCUUCAGCUCGCCGAACCGUAAAAUCAAUUUCGAGCGAGAGAAAGGCCUGGUGGAAGUGAUCAUCCAGAACCUCUCUGAAGACGACAAAGGGUCCUACACUGCCCAGCUGCAGGACGGCAAGGCCAAAAACCAGAUCACCCUAACGCUGGUGGAUGAUGAUUUUGAUGCACUGCAGAGGAAGGCGGAUGCUAAGCGGAGGGACUGGAAGAGGAAACAGGGUCCCUAUUUCGAGGAACCUCUGCAGUGGAAGGUCACGGAGGACUGCCAAGUGCUGCUGACGUGCAAGACAACCAACACCAAGAAGGAGACUCGCUUCCAGUGGUUCUUCCAGAAGAGGGAGGCCCCGGCUGGACAGUAUGACCCGGAGACUGGGAAAGGAAUUCUGUGCAUUGAAGAGCUGUCCCGAGAGGACAGGGGCAUUUACAGAGCUGUGGUUGCAGACGAACGAGGAGAGGAUGACACCAUCCUGGACCUCGCUGGGGAAGAACUGGACACAAUCUUCACGGAACUGGGCAGGAUGGGGGCCCUCUCUGCAACCCCCCUGAAAAUCCAGGGCACUGAGGAAGGGAUCCGGAUAUUCAGCAAGGUCAAGUACUACAAUGUGGAGUACAUGAAAACCACCUGGUUCCACAAGGACAAACGCCUGGAGAGCAGCGAGCGGGUGAGGGCCGGCACCACCCUGGAUGAGCUCUGGCUACACAUCCUCGACCCCAAGGAUUCGGACAAGGGCAAGUACAUACUGGAAAUAGCUGCUGGAAAGGAAGUGCGGCAGCUCUCAACAGACCUCUCCGGGCAAGCUUUUGAUGAUGCUCUGGCUGAACACCAAAGAUUGAAAGCCUUGGCCAUCAUUGAGAAGAAUCGCGCCAAAGUGGUCAGGGGCCUGCCGGAUGUGGCCACCAUCAUGGAGGAUAAGACGCUGUGCCUGACCUGCAUCGUCUCAGGGGACCCCUCCCCUGAGAUCUCCUGGCUCAAGAAUGACCAGCCUGUGGCCUUCCUGGACCGCUACCGAAUGGAGGUGAAGGGCUCAGAAGUCACCAUCACCAUCGAGAAGGUCAACAGUGAGGACAGCGGGUGCUACGGGGUCUUUGUCAAGAACAAGUACGGCUCUGAGACGGGCCAGGUCACCAUCAGCGUAUUCAAGCAUGGGGAUGAGCCCAAGGAACUGAAGAAAAUGUGAUGGGCUCUCAGGCAGGGGUCACAGCUGGGCAUGGGUCAGAGGGCAGGGUGGAAGGGAACAGGAGUGGAUGGGAGCCAGGGCACAAGGCAGAGGGUGGAGCAGAUCUACUCAGAGGAAAAAGCAACGACUUGGCCAGGUGGUGCAAUCAGUACUGGGCUUGGAACUGGAGACCCAGAUAUAAGAUCUGUUUCUCUGAACUCUGUGAGCCUUGCCCUUCAUAGCUGUCAGAUGGGUGUUCCUGCCCCAGGGAUUGUUUCUAAAAAACCCUUCAUAGUUGGCAUGGUAGCGGUCCUCAACAGGAGGCAAUUCUGCUUGACGGGGGGCAUUGCCAAUGUCUUAUACCUGCCAGUCAUGACUGGGUUGUCUCUUGGCAUGUGGGAGAGGCCAGGUCCUGCCCAACACCACGGCCCCACCACUCGAACACUCACCCAACCCCACAUGCAGCAGUGGUAGGCUCACCUGACAACAGUAACACUCCUUUCCAGGACAACUCCGUUUAGAUUCAUGUAAGUUCAACUGGCAUUCAUUUGGAGUCUAGCCUGUGCCAGGCUGGGGGUAGCACUGGCAGUAAUAGGUAGGCCUGGCCACAAGGAGGUCUUAGUCCAGUAGGACAGAAAUAUCCAGCGUGAAAGACUAGAAUAAGGCAGGUGGUAGUCAAGAUGGUCAAGAAAUAUGUUGCAGUGGUCAGAGGAAGAGACCAACAGCUGUGUCUACCAAGGGAGGUCAGGCUUUGAAACGCCUUCCUGCAGAGGGCAAAGCCACUGUCCGGCUCUAAAAAAUGAGUCUGACUUGACAGUGGUAUUGGGAGAAGGACAGGUCAGGAGCCAAGGUGACCAGGCAAGGGCAGCUGCCUGGGCACUCCCGGUGCCAAGCUCAGAGUGGAUCAUCUUUAGGGCUUCUUCCAACACGAGGCCCCACCCAGGGUGACCCGUACCGGCUGGCCUUACUCAAUGGGUCUCAGACCAGAUCUAGGCCUUUCCCUACACUCCUCCUCCCCACCCCCUGCCCCAUUCCUUCCUUUAAAAAGUAACAUGGUGAGAUUAUAAAGUUACAGAUGUCUAUUGUAAAAUUUCGAGAAACUUUGGAAGUGAUGAAGCCCAAAAUAAAAGCCAGCUGUACCCCCAACAGCAGGAACUAAGACCUGCCUCUGCUCUCUAAAAGAAUUGCUGAGUUGAAGGAUAAAGGGAGUCCUGCUGCCUCCACCAGCCAGGCAGAUGUCCAGGCAGGAUGGGUAAUGGACAAGCCCAGGGGGUUGCCUUCCAGGUGACUCCAGGCCAAGGAGGGAUGGGACUCAGAAAGCCUAUUGACCCUGCUGAAGUGUGCUGCGAGCGCCCCCUGUUGAUUAUGGUGGCAUGUACACUCUAAGAAGAAACUCCCCAACUGCCAGGGGAUGCUGGAAGCUUCCGCAUAAGGUGACAAGCAAGCAGCUGGCUCAGGCCUUUACUCUGCUGCAUAUUAAACAUGGUUUUGUUUGCCUGAAUGCUUGG